AGACGGUUUUGAAGUUUUCAAAGACUUGCUUGCUCUGCUGAUAAGGACUUGUGCUCAAAGCUGAGGACCUAAGCCAUUUGCCAAAAUGUGCAAAGGACUUGCAGCCUUGCCCCACUCAUGCCUGGAAAGGGCCAAGGAGAUUAAGAUUAAGUUGGGAAUUCUCCUCCAGAAGCCGGAGACUGCUGCUGACCUUGUCAUUCCAUACACUGAGAAGGCGGAGAAACCAGCCAAGACCCAGAAACCCUCAUUGGACAAGGCCCUGCAGUGGCGUGAUUCCCUGGACAAGCUCUUGCAGAACAACUACGGACUUGCCAGUUUCAAAAGUUUCCUGAAGUCUGAAUUUAGUGAGGAAAACCUUGAGUUCUGGAUGGCCUGUGAGGAUUACAAGAAGAUCAAGUCCCCUGUCAAGAUGGCUGAGAAGGCAAAGAAAAUUUAUGAAGAAUUCAUCCAAGCGGAGGCUCCUAAAGAGGUGAAUAUUGAUCAUUUCACGAAGGACAUCACAGUGAAGAACCUGGUGGAACCUUCCCCAAGCAGCUUUGAUGCGGCCCAGAAAAGAAUCCAUGCCCUGAUGGAAAAGGAUUCACUGCCUCGCUUUGUGCGCUCUGGGUUUUAUCAGGAGUUCAUUAAGUAG